GGAAAACAUCGUAAGUUGAUGCCGACAGCUUUGGAACGAUGUAUCUGGGGGAACGGUGACGGCUCGACAAUGCCGGUAUUCAGCACAGCUGUCGGUAAAAUCGGUGCUGCAAUUUGCUGGGAAAACUACAUGCCAAUGUACCGUAUGACUUUGUACAACAAAAACGUUGAACUAUAUCUUGCCUGUACUGUCGAUGAUCGUGAGACAUGGCUGCCGACAAUGAGAACAAUUGCUCUCGAAGGCAGAUGCUUUGUCAUUUCGUCUGCUCAAUUUCUUACGUCUGCAGCGUAUCCGGAAGGGCAUCCAAUGCGCUUGAAACAUGGAAAGGAAAAAAUACUGAUUCGCGGCGGCUCAUGCGCCAUUGAUCCCCUAGGUGUUGUUCUGGUGGAGCCAGAUUUCACAAAGGAGCUCAUACACUACGUUGAUGUCGACCUUUCACGUAUUGCAUGUGCUAAGAUGGAUAUGGAUACGGUAGGACACUACAGCCGACCUGAAGUCUUCCAGCUCGUCGUAAAUGAGAAACCGUACGCACCAGUGGUUCGACAAUGA